AAAGCAAGCAGUUCUUAAGGACCUCCGUGACACUGAAUCAAAGUUAUUCUCUUCUUAUUCAGGUUUUCCUUGGUAUUAUCUAGACUAUUUAGACUCUUUUCUCUUCAGCCAAGAGAUAUUCUACAACGGUUACAAAUGAAGAAGGAACUGGCGCCGCACUGGAACCUCUCUGUCACAGUGCUACGAGGAAAGUUCCAGCGUUCACAUGAUUACUUUUCACAGCCUGACCUCUACGUGACCCUGCACCUGCCCACAGCCUCAGCUUGUACUCUGAGAACCAGGACAAUCAAUAACUCCAAGACACCCGAGUGGAACGAAACCUUCCACUUCCGUGCCUACAGCCAGGCGAAGAAUAUCCUGGAGCUAAAUUUGUAUGACGCAGACGUAGUGGAGGAUGACAAAUGCACCACCAUUUUGUUCGACAUCAGCACCCUCAAACUGGGUCAGAAGGAGACCAAGGUCUUCAUCACGGAUGACACGAUGAAGGACAUGCUGUGGGUGGAAUUUGAGAUGACAGAGAGUCCUGAAGUGCCUGGUCAGUACCUCUCUAAUGGAGUCUUAUUGGCCGCCCCGUUGUCUACGCUGGAGGUGAAACUGCCCACAGACGUUCGACAUGACAUGCUGUUAAAGUUACUAGGAGCGUAUAAGGAAGAUCAAGUGAUCUCAAUGAGCAAGAACAACAGCCUCAUGCAGACUCUUCGCUACUACAUCAACAAAAACCUGGAGACCAAGAUGGAACUCUGGAUGAAGGAUAAUGAAAGCCCAACAGUAGUUCCUGUAACUCCAUUUGGACCAAAACAUGAAUUAACACUCACACUUCCUGUGGCAGAGGAAAACAUAAAUUUACAUUUGAACACAGUGGACAGCUCUGAGGAGGACAUGACGGUGAGGCUGGAUUUUGACAUACCGGCAGAGGAGAAGGCGUUUCUGGUGAAGAGGAGAGAGGUGGUGUCUCGUGCACUGCAAACGUUUUUAAACCUCGAAACUCCAUUGGAUUCCACCCAGGUGCCGACGGUGGCUCUGGUGUGUUCAGGAGGCAGCUCCAGGGCCAUGACGGGCAUGCAUGGCUCUCUGAAAGGACUGCAGAGCCUUGGCCUGCUCGAUGCCAUCAGCUACAUCACCUCUGUUUCUGGCUCCACCUGGGCCACUGCUGGUCUCUAUUCUGACCCAUUUUGGUCAAAGGAAGGCCUGGAUAAAGCGAUAGCAUCUGUGCAGAAGGAGCUAUCUAAGAGUACGACCAGUCUCUUCUCUCCUACACAGCUGCUUUAUUAUCAAUCUGAGCUGCGGAACAGAGAGAAAGAAGGCCACUCCGUCUCCUUCAUCGAUACCUGGGGGCUCAUCAUAGAACACCUCAUCUUUGGAAAGAAACACACAGGUACGCUGUCUGACCAGAGGAAGGCAGUCUCCGAGGGCCAGAACCCGCUCCCAAUCUACACAGCAGUGAACAUGAAGAAGGAUGCCAGUGGCUGCUUAGUGCCUGAGUGGUGUGAGUUUACCCCAUAUGAGGUGGGAUUCUCCAAAUAUGGAGCAUUUGUCCCUGCAGAAACUUUUGGGAGUGAGUACUACCUGGGUCAUGUGGUUAAGAAGCUACCGGAAACACGCAUCUCCUUCCUCCUGGGUAUGUGGAGCAGUGUUUUCUCUGCUAACCUGAUGCAGCUCUGGAGUGCUUUUACUGGAGUGAUACCAUCCUGGGCUUUCCGGCUGGGAGAUAAGGUCGACAAGAUCGAGACAGAUAGCAAGCCCUUGACCUUGGAUACUUUGCGAGUCCGUCCAGAGGCUUCAGUGCUGAGCAGCUUCGUGAAUGAUUGCCCCAUCAUCAGCAGUGUGUUUAACUUCCUGAGAGGAUUCUCUCUGCACAACUUGUACGGCGAAAGCCCAGGAUUCAACACCUCUAAUGAGACACACCCUGAUGCGUUUCCAAACAAGUUGACCCCAGCGGACUCCACUCUAAGCUUGGUGGAUUCUGGAUUUGCCAUUAACACAGCUUUCUCUCCUGUGCUACGGCCCCACAGACGUGCCGACGUCAUUAUGUGCCUCGACAAUAGUUGGGUUGAAGAUCAUUUAAAGACCCUGAAGGACACUCAGCAAUACUGUAGUGACCACAAGUUGCCAUUUCCAAAGAUAGACUUCGACAAGUACAAAUCUGAGCCAAAAAGGGAAGUGUAUGUGUUCGAAGAUGAGACGAAUCCUGAUGCUCCUAUCGUGAUUCACAUUCCACUGGCCAACAUCUCCUUCAAAGAGUAUAAAGCACCAGGAGUAAGGAGAAGCGGAAAGAAGGAGCUAAAGGAUGGAAAUAUUGAUGUGAGCUCCAGAUCCUCUCCAUACAUUACCAAGAAUAUCACAUUUAAGUCCGAAGACUUCCAAAGACUGGUGGACCUCACCUUCUACAACAUUGUGAACAACCGAGAAAUCAUCAGAAAUGCAGUGAAGAAAGCUCUGAACAAAAAAGGGCUUGUUAACACGCCCUCAGGUGGAGGUGAAAGUACAUAUUACUGCACACUCACUUAACCAGUGGUAUAAGAAACGAAGGAAAACAGUUUACAGUUGUUGUGAAUUUUAUAUAAAUCAGUUUACAAGAAAAAUAUGUUUUAGAGUGAUAAAAUCAUUUUAAUCAUCUCUACAGCUGAAGUAUGUAUAUAUGUUGAAAUAUAUUUAUGCUGCCUUGUGACCCAGCAUGACAAAGAGAUACACUGUAUAUGAGAAGUAUGCAUAUGAGAUAUAAAUUAUUUAAGAUUUGGAGAUGCGUAAGUUUUGUCUGUAAUUUGAUUCUAGAAUAAAUUUCUUCUUAAUUCAGCUAUAUAUUGUUCUGACAUUGUUCUAAUACUGCAGUCAAUGGCUUUCAGUCAGAGUGUAGAGAGAACAUUACAGCGUCACACUGCUAUAGCGUUUAUCUUCUUAUUUAAAAAUACUGUAUCACAGAAAUAUGGUCAAAAGACUUUUUUUAGUCAGCAGUGGGUGGUUCUUAAUCACAACCUGCCCUGACAUGUCAUUAUCAACACUUUAUGAGAAGCCGUGCGUCCAGAGGUGGAACAAACAAAGAGUGCACUGUCCAAUAAAUCUUUUUUUUCUGCC